AUGGCACUCUGGGAUAUCCAGGAAGCUGAAAAAGAAGGCAAAAUUUACUGGAGCUACUUAAGAAAUGACAAGCUAGGGAAAUCCUAUGGACAUACAUCUGGAGAUGUAUGGAAUCAGUGUAAAGAAGUCUUCCUUGGUACUGAAGAAGGUAAUGUGAAUGUGAAAGAAACAGAAACACAUGACAAUGUUCAGAUCCAUGAAAAAUAUUGCAGUGGAGGGAAACCCUAUGUAUGCAAGCAAUGCGGGAAAGGUUUAACCAUACUUGGAAUUUGUAAGAAACGUGAAAGAAUUCACAGAGGAGAAAGACCCUACGUAUGUAAUCAAUGUGGGAAAGCUUUUACAACACGUACAUAUUGUCAAGUACAUGAAAGACUUCACUCUGGAGAAAAAUGUUAUGAAUGUGAGCACUGUGAGAAAGCUUUCAGCACACACACUUAUUGUGUAAUCCAUGAAAAACUUCACACUGGGCAGAAAUCGCAUAUAUGUAAGAAAUGUAGGAAAGCUUUUAGCAGUAAAAUUCAUUUUCAAAUACAUGAAAAUGUACACAAUGGAGAGAAACCCUAUGUGUGUAAGCAAUGUGGAAAAGGUUUCACCCAACUUGGACCUUGUAAGGAACAUGAAAGAAUUCACACGGGAGAGAAACCAUAUGUUUGUAAGCAAUGUGGGAAAGCUUUUAACACAUGGGGAGACUGUAAGAGACAUGAAAGAAUUCACACUGGAGAGAAACCAUAUGUAUGUAAGCAAUGUGGGAAAGCUUUUAACAGACGGGGAGUUUGUAAGAGACAUGAAAGAAUUCACACUGGAGAGAAACCGUAUGUUUGUAAGCAAUGUGGAAAAGCUUUUACCCAAAAUGGACAUUGUAAGAAACAUGAAAGAAUUCACAGUGGAGAGAAACCAUAUGUAUGUAAGCAAUGUGGGAAAGCUUUUAACACAUGGGGAGACUGUAAGAAACAUGAAAGAAUUCACAGUGGAGAGAAACCAUAUGUAUGUAAGCAAUGUGGGAAAGCUUUAAAAACACAGGGAGAUUGUAAGCAGCAUGAAAGAAUUCACACUGGAGAGAAACCAUAUGUAUGUAAGCAAUGUGGGAAAGCUUUUAACAGAAGGGGAGUUUGUAAGAGACAUGAAAGAAUUCACACUGGAGAGAAACCAUAUGUUUGUAAGCAAUGUGGCAAAGCUUUUAACACACGUGCAAACUGUAAGAGACAUGAAAGAAUUCACACUGGAGAGAAACGAUAUGUAUGUAAGCAAUGUGGAAAAGCUUUUAGCACACGGGGAGAUUGUAAGAUACAUGAAAUCAUUCACACUGGAGAGAAACCAUAUGUAUGUAAGCAAUGUGGGAAAGCUUUUAACAGAUGGGGAGUUUGUAAGAGACAUGAAAGAAUUCACACUGGAGAGAAACCAUAUGUUUGUAAGCAAUGUGGCAAAGCUUUUAACACACGUGCAAACUGUAAGGGUCAUGAAAGAAUUCACACUGGAGAGAAACCCUAUGUAUGUGAGCAAUGUGGAAAAGGAUUCACUAGUUCUGGACAUUGUAAGCAACAUGAACGCAUUCACACUGGAGAGAAACCAUAUGUAUGUAAGCAAUGUGGGAAAGCUUUUACCAAACAUGGAUAUUGUAAGAAACAUGAAAGAAUUCACACUGGAGAGAAACCAUAUGUAUGUAAGCAAUGUGGGAAACCUUUUAGCACAUGGGGAAAUUGUAAGAAACAUGAAAGAAUUCACACUGGAGAGAAACCCUAUGUAUGUAAGCAAUGUGGGAAAGCUUUUAGCACAUGGGGAGGUUGUAAGAAACAUGAAACAAUUCACACUGGAGACAAACUCUUACGCAUGUAAAUAAUGUGGGAAAGCUUUUAAAAUGCAGUGUAACAUAAGAGACUAGACUAAUAUCACUCUGAACAGUGAAUAAUAGUAUCCUGAGAAGGAGAAAGGUGAGGAAUUGCCUAAAAAUAGAAGGCAGAGGACAUUGUUAAAAGUGUAUCAGGAUUUAAAAUCUACAGUAGUCUUGUUGCUCUAUUUAGUUUGGUUAUAUUUUGUUCUUGUCUGUCUACUCAUAUUAGAUUUGAGGGCACACAGAGAUAACCCAAAAAUAGCAGGUUAUACCAUGGUAACUAUCCUUAAUUUCCUAUUAACUAAAACUGAAACCCUAUAUUACUUACAUUGUCUUCUAUGACUGAUCUUCUUUGAAGCUGGUUUGUUUGAAUGUUAUUUGGCCUUGACUGAUUUUAUUCACUGUGGGUAUGCUUGCUAGUAUCAAGUUCAAGAGAAGAGGCAACUUCUCAGAAGAUGACAAGAUGUAAAAGAUAUCCAUUGGUGGGCUGGGGAUUUAACUCAGUGGCUUAAGCACCUGCCUGGCAUGUGUGAGGUCAUGAGCUGGAUCUCCAGUGCCCAAUAAAUAAAUAA